UGUGACGGUGGUAAGCGGAGUGAUGUGAGAAACCUGGAUGUUGAGGCGGGCAACUGCAUCCUGCGAAAUGAAGCUUCUCUGUGCACCUGUGUCCAACAGAAGAAUCACUGGAGUUGGAGUCUUGGACUGAUGGUCGACAGCUAG